ACAAAUAUAAUGCACAUUUCAAUAAGUUUAUUUUUUUAAGUUUGUAUAAGAGUUUAUACUCGCAUAUUUCAGGUAAAUUUCAAGGCUAUGUCAAACCUCUGAUGGAUUACUGUAUAUUUCAGGAUGUGUACUGCAAAUGAAAAUGCGUAAAGUUGUAAACUACAUUCUUUUUAUACAAUUAGCGGCACGAUGUCAUUUGAUAGGUGCAUUUUAUAACAGAGUGCAGCGGUCACUUCCAAGCCAGGACAAUUCAUUGACUUGCAAUUACUUUUGUCCUGUUGAGAGCAACAUGACCGAAUGGCUUUUACCUCCUAAAUUCGAGCAACCGUGUGCUCCAAAAGACAUUCAAAAUACCUACUACACAAAACAAGGAAUUGACCAUGUCGUCAUCAGAUGGACAGAACCGGUAGCUACUGAUGAAAAUGGGGAUUUCCCGAGUGUAAGACAAGUAAAAGGAGGCAUUAAUGGUGGAACUUUCCUCGGAACUGUUUGGGGACAAACGCACAGUAUAGUGUACCUCGCAACGGACAAAGAUGGGUUGAUAGACAACUGUCACUUUAACUUCACUGUAAUCGUUCCCUCCUGUGCUAAGUUGGGGGUUGUUAACAACGGCAGUUACACGUGUACAAAUAGCACAGCACCAGGAAGUUCUUGUAUGGUUACUUGUGAUGAAGGUUUUAGACUGCCUAGAUCUGAAAAUGCCACUUGUGGAUAUACCUCAGUAGCUAACAAGUUCCCAAACUGGACAAAUAUUCAGCAAUGUGAAAAGGUCAAAUGUGGAAGCCCUAAAGCACCAGAUAAUGCUAAUAUAACGUGCUUAAACAACAUCUAUAGUUACAACACUGUUUGUAAAGUCUUGUGUCACCAAGGGUUCUUGAUGGUUGGGCCACAAUACACUAUAUGCCAGGCGAAAGGGACUUGGUCAGUGCAAAGUCUGUGUACACGGGAACGUCCGAGUGGAACCCAUUGUUCUCCAAAUUUGUGCAACGGUCAUAGUUGUAUACAAAAUCACAAUGACACGUACACUUGUAAAUGUUCUCAUGGUUGGUCCGGAACCACGUGCAAGAACCCGCCAGAUUAUUGCUCUGAGAAUAUCUGUAUGAAUGAUGCCACGUGUAAUAGCCAUAACGAUAGUUACACUUGCAGCUGUCGAGCAGGAUAUUCAGGAUAUCUUUGCCAAAAUUAUCCAAUUGAUGGUCAGUGGUCUGAUUGGUCAUUUUGGUCAAAAUGCUCUGCAACGUGUGGUUCAGGUUUUCAAACCCGUCAUCGUGCAUGCAACAAUCCUCCCGCAGAUACAUACGGAAAACCUUGCCAUGGUUCUCAUACUGUUAUAAGAAAAUGUGAAAGUAAAACUUGCGAAGCGUGUCCUGAACUCGUGCAUAGAAAUGAAUCGUUAGCUUAUAUCGAGUGUGAAACUGAUCAGAGUUUUGGACUUCGUACAUGUAUGAUAACAUGCAAAAAUGGUACAAUACAUACACCAUGGUUUACUGAAUUCAGCAAACUAAAAUGUGGCUUUGAAACAAACUACUCUUGGGUGCCUGGAAUGGUGCAAGCGCCUUGUAUAGUUCCCGUUCUCCCUAAUGUACUCCGUCUUGAUACUGAAAUAACGUAUCGCACCUUAAUACCAAAUGAAAACCAUCUAGCUGUAAAGGACCAAGUUAGGGAAAAUAUCAAAGACACAAACUGUUUACAGUCAACACAAUGUAACACUACAAUAACGCUGACAUCUACACAAAUUGGAAAUGACAAGAAAACAAAGCUUGACUUGAUCUUUAGAAGAUAUAUCAAACACUUUGUGAGAAACGAAUCCUACAGUUUUGAUGACAAAGGUCUAGCUUUGGAAGCUGUAGGUGGAGAUAAGUUAACUGAAGUUGUAAAUCAUACAGGAAAGGAUAAAACACUGCGCAUAUCUGAAAGUAAGAUUUAG